GAGACAACGAACUCGAUUGGAGCUCCGAGGUAGGAUUUUUGUUGUGAACAAGUUGUUCUUAAUUUUAUGGUAAAAUCAACAAGUUUAUCGAUAAAGUGAUAAAAUUAGAACGUGUCACAUUUUUUCUUCAAUUUUUUGGAUAAACCCAUACCCUUUCGAAUGUAUCUAAACAACAAGGAAGUUGUUAGUCAAGGCACACAUUUUGGAUAAAAACAAAACUUCAAAAACAUUUGUUUUGUAUUUUUUUCUUCUUUGCUGAGUGGUUUCCUUCAGCAACUACUACAGGAAUUCCUUUUAGCCGUGGGAGAUGUCUGGCAUAAGACAUCGCCCUCUGGCUCCGCCAGGGAAUGGCGACAGUGAUGACAAUUUCACAGACGACGAGAGUACACCUUUAACACAAGAUAUUUAUGGUGGAAGCCAACGUACAAUUCAAGAAACAAAAGGAUGGGAUGUGUUUCGAGAUCCACCUUUAAAGGUGGACAGUGGAUCCAUGGCUAAUCAAGCAUGUUUAGAAAUAACUGUUAAAAUAUUAAAAGUAGUUGCAUAUUUAGUAACAUUUAUAAUCGUACUGACGGGAGGUGUUCUAGCUAAGGGCUGUGUAUUAUUUAUGACAUCACAAAUACGUAGAGAUAAGAAAAUAUUAUUUUGCAAUAAGGACCUUGGUCGUGAUAAAACCUUUGCAGUUAAGUUGCCCGAAGAAGAGCGGAUAGCAUGGAUUUGGGCAUUAAUAAUUGCAUUUGCAGUGCCCGAGGUUGGUGCUCUUAUUCGAGCUACUCGUAUUUGUUUCUUUAAAACCUUCAAAGUGCCGAAGAAGGGCCAUUUCAUGUUCCAAUUGCUGAUGGAAAGUUUAAGUGCUUUCGGUACGGCACUUUUAAUGUUCAUCGUUCUACCCGAAAUCGAUGCCAUUCAAGGAGCAAUGCUUACAAAUUGCCUUGUACUAGUUCCCGGAGUUUUAGGUUUACUAUCUAGAUCUUCGAAGGAAGGAAAAUGUGCAGUUAAAGCGCUAGUAGACAUAGCUGCUAUUGCUGCACAAGUUACAGGAUUUGUAGUUUGGCCUUUGUUGGAGAACCGAUUAGUUUUAUGGGCAAUUCCUAUUUCUUGUUUUAUGAUUUCAUGCGGUUGGUGGGAAAAUUUUGUUUCAACACAAUCCCCAAUUGGAUUUAUUCGUUCCAUGGGUCGAGUAAAGGAAGAACUUAAAUACACCCGCUACUUCAGCUACAUGUUCAUUUCGAUUUGGAAGAUUUCAUUGUUCAUAUGUUCAGCCCUAUUUAUAUACUGGCUACGUGGAGAUGAGGUCGCAAAUAUGUUCUCAAUGUUUAGUGAUGCCUUUGGACCACACAAGAUUGCAGUAGACGAACUUGCAACAUCGUUGACAAGUAGUCUACCAGACUUUUUGGAAGCUUCUCAAAUCGAUAGUAUCGAUAUUGAUGCAGAAUAUUACACUGUUAUCUAUGUACUUUUGAUUCAAGUCUUUGGAGCCUAUUUUUGCUAUAUAUUUGGAAAGUUUGCUUGUAAAAUCCUUAUUCAAGGUUUCAGUUAUGCCUUCCCUGUCAGCAUGACAGUUCCUAUUGCGGUGUCUGUUUUGAUCGCAGCUUGUGGAAUAAGAACGGAUGAUCCGUGCUUCUUCCAUGGCACCAUUCCGGAUUACUUGUUCUUCGAGAGUCCACAAAACUUUAGACUGAAUGACUUUAUAACUAAACAAAUGGCCUGGGCUUGGAUCUUGUGGUUGCUGAGUCAGACUUGGAUCUCAUUGCAUAUCUGGACACCAAAAUGUGAACGUUUGGCUACGACCGAAAAAUUAUUCGUUUCUCCAAUGUAUUCUGCUUUGUUGAUUGAUCAAUCUAUGGCAAUGAAUAGACGAAGAGAUGAUCAGGCCGAUGUCAAGACUGAGGAUCUUGAACAAAUUGAAAAGGAAAAAGGCGAUGAGUACUAUGAAACAAUAUCCGUUCACACUGAUGGUUCUGCCAUUCAAAAACCUAGUAUCAAGAGUUCAGAUCAUAUUACAAGAAUCUACGCUUGCGCAACUAUGUGGCAUGAAACGAGAGACGAGAUGAUGGAGUUCUUGAAAAGUAUCAUGCGAAUGGAUGAGGAUCAGUGUGCUCGACGUGUGGCGCAGAAAUAUUUACGUAUUGUGGAUCCGGAUUAUUAUGAAUUUGAAACUCACAUAUUUUUCGAUGACGCUUUCGAAAUCUCCGAUCAUAGUGACGAUGAUAUUCAGGUAAAUCGUUUUGUAAAACUUUUAGUGACGACAAUUGAUGAAGCUGCGUCCGAUAUUCAUCAAACAACAAUCCGUUUACGCCCACCUAAAAAAUACCCAGCCCCCUACGGAGGACGUUUGGUUUGGUCACUACCCGGCAAAACAAAAAUGAUUGCCCACUUAAAGGACAAAGAUCGAAUUCGUCAUCGUAAACGUUGGUCCCAGGUAAUGUACAUGUACUACUUAUUGGGUCAUCGACUCAUGGAACUACCAAUAUCUGUCGAUCGCAAAGAUGUUGUUGCCGAAAAUACCUACCUACUUACUCUUGAUGGAGAUAUUGAUUUUCAACCGAAUGCUGUUACACUCUUGAUUGAUUUGAUGAAAAAGAAUAAAAAUCUUGGCGCAGCUUGUGGUCGUAUUCAUCCAAUUGGAUCGGGUCCUAUGGUGUGGUAUCAAAUGUUCGAAUACGCUAUCGGCCAUUGGCUGCAAAAAGCCACCGAACACAUGAUCGGUUGUGUACUUUGUAGCCCGGGGUGCUUCUCUCUUUUCCGCGGCAAAGGUCUUAUGGAUGAUAAUGUAAUGAAGAAAUACACCACCCGUUCUGAUGAAGCUCGGCAUUAUGUACAGUACGAUCAGGGUGAAGAUCGUUGGUUAUGUACGCUGCUGUUGCAAAGAGGAUACCGUGUAGAAUAUUCAGCUGCUUCCGAUGCCUACACCCAUUGCCCAGAAGGUUUUAACGAGUUUUACAAUCAACGUCGUCGUUGGGUACCCUCAACGCUUGCCAAUAUUAUGGAUCUGCUUGGAGACUACAAACGUACUAUCAAGAUCAAUGAGAAUAUAUCGCUUUUGUAUAUAUUCUAUCAGAUGCUUUUGAUGGGAGGUACUAUUCUUGGACCUGGAACGAUCUUUCUUAUGUUGGUGGGAGCUUUUGUGGCCGCUUUUCGAAUUGACAAUUGGACAUCGUUUCAUUAUAAUAUUGUUCCGAUCCUCGCAUUCAUGUUUAUAUGUUUCACGUGCAAAGCUAAUGUUCAGCUAUUUGUCGCACAGGUAUUAUCCACUGCAUAUGCCCUCAUUAUGAUGGCUGUGAUAGUCGGUACGGCUUUGCAGUUAGGUGAGGAUGGUAUCGGAAGUCCUUCGGCUAUUUUCUUGAUAUCUAUGACGGGGUCAUUUUUCAUAGCGGCGUGCUUACAUCCGCAGGAGUUUUGGUGUAUAGCAGCUGGAAUAAUUUAUCUUUUGUCCAUUCCAUCUAUGUACUUGCUCCUUAUCUUGUACUCGGUCAUUAACUUGAACGUCGUUUCCUGGGGAACUCGUGAAGUUGUGGCAAAGAAGACGAAAAAAGAAAUGGAAGCAGAUAAGAAAGCAGCUGAAGAAUCAGCAAAGAGGGUGAAACAAAAGAGUAUGCUUGGUUUCCUUCAAGGUGGAAUCGGGGAUAAUAACGAUGAAGAAGGUUCCAUGGAAAUAUCUUUGGCUGGGUUAUUCCGUUGUAUUCUGUGUACUCAUGGAAAAACAACUGAUGAACAAGCACAAUUCAAACAUAUUGCCGAUUCUCUUGAUACUAUCAAUAAGAAGAUAGAAAAUCUAGAGCAUACAAUCGAUCCUCACGCACAACAUCGUCGUCGUACGACAUCAGCAAGCUCGAAAGAUCAUCAUCUUUUGUCAUCAGUAGCUGAGAAAUCUGGUGACGAAUCGGAACAUUCCGAAUCUGAAAGUUCCGGAGAACCACAACAAGAACGUGAUUUCUUAACAAAUCCUUAUUGGAUCGAAGAUCCUGAUCUGAGGAAAGGAGAAGUAGACUUUUUAUCAAGUGCUGAAUUACAAUUUUGGAAGGAUAUGAUUGAUCAAUAUCUAUAUCCAAUUGAUAAUGAUCCAGUUGAACAGGCAAGAAUUGCUGUUGAUCUCAAAGAGCUACGUAACUCUUCAGUCUUUGCGUUUUUCAUGAUAAAUGCUCUCUUUGUGUUAAUUGUAUUUUUGCUGCAACUGAACAAGGAUAAUAUUCAUGUUAAAUGGCCUUUUGGUGUUCGUACAAAUAUUACUUAUGACGAAUCAACGCAAGAGGUUCAUAUUUCAAAAGAAUACUUACAAUUAGAACCUAUUGGUCUUGUAUUCGUGUUCUUUUUCGCUUUGAUCUUGGUGAUACAAUUCUCUGCUAUGUUGUUCCAUCGAUUUGGGACCAUAUCGCAUAUCUUAGCUUCUACAGAGCUUAAUUGGUGCAAGAAGAAAUCUGAAGAUUUAUCACAGGAUGCUCUAAUAGACAAGCAUGCUGUGGAAAUAGUCAAGAACUUACAACGUUUGCAAGGUAUAGAUGGAGGGGACUACGACAAUGACUCCGGUAGUGGUCCCGAUCGUAUUGCAAGGAGACGUACUAUUCAAAAUCUUGAGAAAGCCAGACAACCCCGACGUCAAAUUGGAACUCUGGAUGUUGCGUUUAAAAAGAGAUUCUUGAAAUUAACUGCAGAUGAAAACAAUCCAGCAACACCCAUAUUGACUCGAAGAAUGACAAUGCGAAGAGAAACUAUUAGAGCUUUGGAAGUUCGAAAGAAUUCAGUUAUGGCUGAAAGGCGAAAGUCAGCUAUGCAAACAUUGGGCGCCAAAAAUGAAUACGGUAUCACUACUAAUAACACGAUGAAUAAUGUUGGAGCCCCAGCUCGCAGUGGUCGUUCAUCGAAUGCUGGAAUUAGCAUCAAAGACGUAUUCAAUACCAACGGAGGUCUUGCAGAGCAAAUCUAUGGAUCCAAUGGAGGAGGAGCUAUUAAUCAAGGCUACGAACACGUUUUAGAUGAAGAAGAUGGAAAUUCAGUGAGAUUGACGACUCGAAACCCACAAGUCUCAUGGGGAACUAAUAAUAACAUUACGAACAAUAGGUUAUAAAAAUAUUCAAAUUAAAAAAGAAUACUCCCAUGUUGAUAAAUAAUGGAAACACUGGAAUUUGAAUAAUAUAUAAUUUAUUAAGAAGUGUUUUGAAAAAUAGAAGAAAACUUUUGUUAAUUUUGAUAAUUUCGUUUUAAAUAUUUUGAAUGUUAGAAAUCGAGUAAGAAAAAUUAAAGAGAGUUAAAAAGUGUAAAUAUAAUUUAAAAAAAAAGCCAAUUACUCACUGCCGGAAUCUGAAAUCAGACAAAAAGUUGUAAGCCUUUGCUUGCAUACUGAGAUAAGUUAUUCCAAUAAAAUUAAUUUUUGCUUCGUUAAAAUAAUUAGGAAUUUUUCACCAAUCAAAAAAAAUGUAUAAGAAAUUUUUUAUUGAUAUUGUUAAGAAUUUUUUUUUGUAAUGAUUAUUUUUUAUACAUAUAUAUUUCAUUUGUUUUAUAUAUUGUAAAAAACAACGCUUGUACUCAAAUUUUUAUUUCUUAUCUAUUUCCUACUUUAGUCGAAAACAUUAUGAGAUUUUUUUAUAGCCAAUAAAAUGAGAAAAAA